AUAGAUAGAAGAACUAAAAGCAGAUAACAAAACCCCCACAGGAUCGACAUCCUGACCGACUGAAACACUUUCAACCCACCCACCAACCCCCUCCCAAACAUGUGCAAGUAGUGGGAAACUCACGGUUUGUUUGUACAUGCGCACUCACCCGCGGUUCUCCUCCCGGAGAGGAAGCUGGGACCACUCACUGGAAGGCAUGUCCUCAUCGUCCUCGUCGCUAGUUCUGACAAGCAUCUAGCAGCUAUCGGAGCCAGCACUCUCGAAGUAUUGAACAGGACUUUCCCCAAGACGGUUGUGUAUUUUCUUGACUCUCCAAAGCACAAGGAUUAUUUUUAGUGGUUGUUUAGUGGUCAUUUUCCACCUAAAAUAAGUACUGUUUUCCACGAAUUCUUUGAGAAAUGUGAUGGUGCUAAAUGUGUGUCAACUUCGAUUGGGAAGUUUUCCGAGAAGGUAUUGAAGAAUCCGUGUGAAAGUUCUUUAUCGAAAAUGUUCCUCAAAUUGACGAUGAAUCGGAAACCGGAGGAGCAGAGGGCUGCAAGCGGGGUUUGACAAAUUGGAAAAAUACAGCAGGAAGGGAUGUGAGUGCGUGUUUAUUUUGCUGAGAGAGCGACGGCGACAACGUCGGCUAGGAUUUAAUUAGAAAAGUCAACCCCAACAGUACUACUGGGUCUCCACUGGGGAGCAGUGAUGAUGUUGCUUGCGAAGGAUACGGUUCAGCUAGCAGAAGAAGCUCCCCCAAAUUGGAUGGCUGCUGUUUUCGACAACACAUGUCCUCUUGUGUAUUGAGCUCAUGGUGUAGUUCAGUGACGGAGCCUCGUAGUUCGCGUGGUCUCCAAUUAGUUCAAAGCUGCUGUUGUACGCGAAGAAUGUGUGAUACUUUGCAAACAUAAGAAGAUAGCUUUCUGGGGCAAUGGAAUGCUCCAUUUCCCCUACUAGCUGUUGCUCCGUAGAUCCCUAUCUGUAAGACACAAAUAAGUUUUCCUCUCGUGCUGUAUGGGCUUCUUGCCUACUCGAUAGACAAUCCAACAACCAUCUGUGGAAUACGCUAUGUAGUGUGUUAGUGAAUUAGGUGCAAAUUAUGUGUGCUGCAAAAAGUGAUGCAAUCUAAACGACAAACUAGCAAUAUUCUUAUAAAUGCGAAUCUCACUGUUAGGCAUUAGGCUAAUCGAGAAACCCAACAAUAAUGGCCUUACAGAAAAAGUUGUCCAAUAACGAAUUCGAGUUGAUCUCGAUAAAUAAAGUGAACAACAACAGCGCUGCAAUGUCAACGACGACGACGACGAACAACGACCCCAAUGGGAACGGUAUUACAGGUAUCAUCAGCAACGGUGGUGGCAGUAACAAUGGUGCAAAUAGCAACAGCACCGGCGGGGCCAAGCCGGGGCAGCCCAAGAAGAUUCAGUUUAGCACUCCGGAGUUCAGCAUUACGCCAAUCGAGACGCUGCCCGGGAGUGCGGCACGGCCACCGCCGAGUCGAAGGAGGGAAGAAGCCAUCGUGAUGGCCAACCUCCGCAAACGGGUCGCCGCCGUGGAUCUGAACAAGGCCCCGCGCAGAAAUAACACGGCCACCAACCUGGACGACAUCAGUUUCAACGACACUGGCCAAACGCAGGACCAGCUGGAUAACCGUCCGCUUCUACCGAAGUCACUCGGGCAAUCCACCCCGGACCGUAAGGACCGACAGAAGAACGGUAGUAGUGCAGAUGGUGGAGAGGAAUCUCCCAAAGUGAAAGUGGUCAUGGAUAAGGAUUUCAUUUUUGAGUGUUUGUGCUGGCACAACGAGUACCGGAUGCGACACGGAGCGCCAGCCUUGAGCAUCUCGUCCGAACUGUGCGAGUACGCUUCGGCCUGGGCGAACCAUCUGGCCAGUACAAACGAGCUGUACUACCAGAGCGGCACCACCUACGGACAGAACAUCUUCUGCUGUCCGGCAAACUCCCUGCUCACGGAUCUUUCCGGUCAAGAAGUGGCCACGUACUGGUACAGCACCAGCCGGAGGUACGACUACUUCAAGGAGAGCCACCUGCUGCACACCAACGUCAACACCGGUCACUUCAGCCAGAUGGUGUGGCGGGCGAGCAAGUACUUCGGUGUCAGCAAGUCCAUCUCCAAGACGGGUAAACUGUUUGUGGUGGCGUACUACUACCCGGCUGGCAACGUGAUGGGUGAGUUCCGGCAGAACGUCCUGCCGCCCAUCGUCGCUACCGACGAUCCCCACCUGUCGCGACCGCCCUCGAGCAAGGAUCUGGAAAAUCUGAAUGCUUCCCACUGAGUAAAUAAGAAACGGUGUUCCAUUAUGUAACAUAUAAGAUACUUCCUAAGCCGCCGCCGCAGACUAACCGCAUGGAUUUCAUCGUUUUUGAAGAGGCUUGCCCAACCGCGUGUACAGCCGCCUAACAGUCCUUAGUUCUCGUUUUUCGCGCUUUUGACAAAAUCGCUACCGUAACAACAACGAGCUUCUAACCGUAUAAUUGCUAGGGCAUCAAUCAUCGAAGCGUGGUUGUAACUCCCAGUCAACAAUCCAAACCAAACAAGCCAAAUAGUGAAGUAGUCGUUAGGGAAAAAUGGCUUCCGCUAAUCGUCGUAACCAAGCUUCUAUCAAUACAGAGUAAAAAUAAAACAAUGUCAUUCAGCCUCGACAAAAAAAAAACGUUCGCCUCGCACACUCAACUGCACUAGUAACAUUGCGUCUUUCACUAUGUCAUUCAUCCGUU